AUGCCCGCGGCCGUCGCAACUAACCUGUUCGGCCUCUUUCCUGGUCGCGCGAGUGCUUCAACGUCAGGCCCCGCGUGUUCGCGCGCGCGGGUCACGCGCGGCCCGCGCGCCCCGCGGGCCAUCGAGCAGUCGGAGGUAGGGGCCAGCAGCGAGCCGUUCUACAUCAAGGGUGUUCCAACCACGUCAGCAUGGGAGCUGGACUUUUGCUCCAGGCCGCUCCUGGACGAGCGCAAGAAGAAGGUGUGGGAGCUGCUCAUCUGCGACGCGGAGCGGACGUUCGAAUAUAGCGAGUACUUCCCGAACAACAAGAUCAACUCGGCGACCCUCAAGCAGGCCAUUGACCGCAUCGUGCAGAUGGAGGGUGCUGUCAAACCCGACAAGGUCCGGUUCUUCCGCGGGCAGAUGCAGACGAUCAUCACGCGCGCGCUGGGCGAGCUCGACAUCCGCGCGGUGCCCUCCCGGCGGUGCUUCUCGAUCAUUGCGUGGCUGAAGGACCGCAUGGACAACCACUACCCCGCGCUGCCGGGGUACGACGCGGCGUCGCCGACGCUCUUCACGAUGGACACGGGCGUCGCGGAGGACCUCCCCGACGCGCUGCGCGGGGAGUCGUGGGCGUUCGUGCAGCUGCCGCUGUCGGCGGUGCUGGCGGAGCUCGAGUCGGUGGAGCGCGGCGAGGUGUUCGGGUCGACGUUCCCGCUGGAGACCGCGGGGAUCGAGGUCGAGGAGGGCGACGACCCGCUCGUCCCGGGCGUCGCGGUGUUCUCGCGCCGCGCGCUGCCGCUCGCCGGGUGGACCAACGGGCUCGAGCUGUCGCGGAUGCGCGCCGACGCCGAGCGCGGGUUCCUGAUGCUCGAGACGGGCGUGUCGCAGCGCUGGCGGUACUCGUCGUUCCCGCGGACGCCGCAGGCGCGGGAGGAGGCGGCCGCGUGGAGCCAGGCGGUGGACGGCAGCCAAGGCCUGCACUUCCUCGCGAUCCAGGAGGACCCGGAGGGGGAGGAGGUCGCGGGGCUCUGGCUCAUGCGGGACGUGGAGAUCCCGAAGAUCUAG